GGAGAGCCUAGGCCAAGAAAAAAUUACAAUCAGUUUCCCGCCGUUAAAAUGUCAAACAAGUGAAACAAGUCCGUUCUUGUUGUUUUUGUGGAGGAAUCGCAGCGCAAUAAAAUAAUUUGUGUGCACAAAAUACAAAUCAUUAUAGAUAUAAUAGAAAGAAGUGGGCUGGGAAUAAAAUUUACUGUUAUUAUAAUAACCUUAAAAAAUAUGUGGAACGAUCAGUCAGUUGUUGGCGGUGGAUUUUUCAAUUCACCAAACCAAUUUGGAAAUGCGACUACACCAAACCAGCCACAGAAGACGACUCGAAGAGCGUCGCGUACUGCUCCUAUCGUGAUUAGACAAGCCCUUCACAGCAAUGAUGAUGGUUUUAAAAUAUGGGGAACUGAAAUCCAGAUUGUUAGUUUAAUCGCUCGUGUGAGAAAUAUAAGGAUGCAGAGCACCAAAAUUACGUAUACAAUACAAGAUAUAACUGGCAGAAUGAGGGCUGUACUUUGGUUGGAUCAGGAAGCUAUGGAUGAAGAUGACAAAUCAUCACCUAAAGUACAUGUAAAUGAUUACAUACAAAUCUUUGGUAAUCUUAAGACCAACAAAGGGAAAAAGGUUUUAAUGGUGUUCAAAAUAAUGCCAGUAAAUGAUGCAAAUGCAAUCACAUUCCAUUACUUGCAGUGUAUUAAUAAUAGGUUUAAGAUGGAGGCAGAUUCUAAGAAGGAAAAAGUUACCAACAACAACACUACAACUGGUAACAGUUUGCCAGCUAAUUCUAUGAUUGGUAUGAACAACACAGCAUCGGUCAAUGGGUUGAAUCCUCGUCAAAUGAUGGUGUUCAAUUUGAUUAGAGCAUCAACUGUGGAGCAGGGUAUUAGCAAGCAAGAUAUGCAUGCUACUUUAAAAGAACACAUGGCGCUAGCUGAGUUUGAAAAUAUUCUAGAGUGGCUGUGUGGAGAAGGUCAUAUCUAUUCUACCAUUGAUGAAGAACAUUUCAGGGCUACAGAUGCAUUGUAAAAUGAAGCAGGAUUCUUCAAAAUUAUUGUUUUAUUUUGUAUUAAUCAAUAACCAUAUCUAUCUUUACUUUUUAAAAUAAAACAAAG